GUAACUCAAUGUCAGCGACAAGAACUGGUACCCAAUAGCCUCUGUACACCCCGCAGCUCUCGUAUUCAGAGUCUACUACAAUGGACACGACACCCAUGCAUCAUCCCCGAUAUAAGUAGCCAUCCCCAACUCACCACAGCCCACAGCCCACUAUCAAACUCCGCACUCUCAAGUAAAACCUCCCACCAACUAGUGAUCUCCUCAAAAUGCGCAUCCUAAUAGUCCCCGCCUCCCCACAAACCUCCCGGACCACCAUUCACAACCUCCUCACCACCCCGCAAAAGCAGGACCCCAUCCACAUCCGCGGCCUCUACCGCAACCUCACCCGCGUGCCGCCCGAAUUCCAAACCAACCCGAACUUUGAAUCCUACCCGGGCGACCUCAGCGACCCAGCCACCCUAAAUUUCCACAGCUUCGACACCGUCUUCUUCGUCCUCCCGCCCUGCUACGACGGCACGAACCUCCUGCAAUGGGCGACAACGGUCUCCACGAACGUCCGACUCGCGAUCCAGCGGUCUGGAACCGUGAAGCGAUUGGUGUUGCUGUCGAGUAUGGGGGCGGAGUUUGAGGGUGGGACGGGCGAGAUCAUGACGAAUCACAUCUCGGAAGAGAUUCUGAAAGAUGCAGCGUCGGAGGUGAUUAUCAUGCGGUGUGCGUAUUUCAUGGAGAAUUGGGCGGCGGCGGUCGAGACCGUGCGCAGUGACAGGCCGUAUUUGGAGACCGUGAUUACGCCGGUCGAGUUUGCGGUGCCGAUGGUCGCAGUCAAAGAUAUCGGCUACCACAGCAUGCAGUCUAUUCUCAUGGAUAAGGUGCCCCAGACGCCGUAUGUGUUUGAGUUACAGGGUCCGAGGGAUUAUACGCCUGUUGAUGUGCAGCGUGCUUUUGAGAAGGUCCUGGGUCGGCAGGUGGAGUUGAGACCUGUUGCCAAAGAGAAUCUGGAGGAGUUCUUUGGGCGGUUUCUGCCGAAGGUGGCCGUUGGGCCGUUUGUGGAGAUGACGUUGAGUUUCUUGCCAGGGGGUGUGAUGCAUACUGAUGCUAAGAAGAGGGAGGGGGUGAAGGUAUAUAGAGGAGAGAUGGAGUUGGAGGAGGUGGUGAGUAGACUUUUGAGUCAUGCGGGUGGAUAGUUAACUUGACAUACAAGACAGAAGCUGAGAGUCAGAUUAGGUAGCAGAUAAGUUAAGAGUA